ACAGGCACACACUGUUUUCAGCCAUAUCGAUCUACAGCUGCUCUGGAACCAGGAGCACUAAGACCCGGAGGAGUCCGCUUCUGAUGCAUUAAGAGUCAGCUCGUAAAUCUGAGUAUCACAUUAAACCGCUCUGAUCUGUUUAACAGUGAAACUGAUGAUUUAAAACCUUCACGUCAGACCGAGUCACAGAUACAAGUCUGAUCAGGUCCACGUCUUUACUGACAGAACCUGGACUCUGACCCGGUCCGUCUUUCCCAGUCUAAUAAAUCCCCACAGCCCAUGAACGCAGCAGCAGCAGCCCUGCUCCGUUUCUGUCGGUCUCAGUCAACACGCGCCUCACCGACCACUCCUCCGGUUCUCAGGACCCGGUUUUUUAUUUGUUCAUCACAGGGUUUGAUCUGUUCACACAGAAAGAGAUUCAAAACAAAGACCAGGGGAGCGACUUAUUAUUAUUAUUAUUAUUAUUAUUAUUAUUAUUAUUAUUAUUAUUAUUAUUAUUAUUGUUGUUGUUGUUGUUGUUGUUUUCAGUGUCUCUGAUGAGUCACUGAAUCAGAAUCAGACUCCUUCAGAUUUUUUAUCGGACUGUUUCCUGGUCUGAUCCUGAGGCGGACUGUCCGGGUCUGUGGGGUCCAGAUGGCGGCUAACCGGGUGGGGCGGCGGGUGAAUAAGAUGUGUGGUAAUCAGUCACCGGGUCGCUCCGGCGGGGGACGGGAUCCGGGGGUUCAGCGGCGUCAGGCCCGGAUCACCGUCAAAUACAACCGGACAGAACUGAAGAGGAGACUGGACGUGGAGAAGUGGAUCGACUGUGGAUUGGAUGAGCUCUACAGGGACCGGGAGGAGGAGAUGCCAGAGGAGGUGAACAUCGAUGAACUGUUGGACCUGAAGACAGACGAGGAGAGGACACUCAGACUGCAGGAAAUCCUUCACACAUGUAACAACAGCACACAGGUGUUCAUCAGUGAGCUGCUGCUCAAACUUCAGGGUUUACAGAAGCAGGAGGAUCUGCACAACGGCGGCAUCGACCUCCCCCAGCUCCACAUCUACUCCACCCGCUCUGGGUCGGUCGACAGGGAGGUGCUGCACUGAGACACUGAGACACCCACACCUCACACCCUGAUCUGGACCCCAGACCCUGAUCUGGACCUCAGAUGCUGCACACACACACUGCCCUCGGGAUCCUUUGUUCCUCUGACUCCUGGUUCUCCUGGUUUUCCUGCUCUGUACAGUUGUAGCCUGCAGUUGAAUGACCUGUUGUUUGAAGCUGAAUAAACCUGAGCCUUUGAAACAA